AUGACGUCUCGCGCACUGGCAGAGGUGCAACGGGAGCACGAGUUCAUGCGGACCGCAGACGCAGUGAAUAAGUUUAUCAUAUCAACAACGCAGUUUUUGAACCGAUUUGCGGCCCGGUGCGACAGUCAACUCUUUGAGGCUUCGCGCUCGCUGCAACGCUUGGAGGUUCUCACACUGCUGCUAGAAAACAAACUCGACAGUGUCGACGAUGACCUUGACGAAACGCAUGCGGCGCCGCCGUCGGCAUCGGCAGCCGCCUUCCCCCACACGGCGGCGCUUGGGGCCGGCGGCUCCCACUCCUUAGCCAUAGCGGAUAUUUCGGCUCCGCCACCCAUGCCGGGUCUUUUGUCGUCGUCUGGUAGCCAUCACCGUCCACCGCCGCCGCCGCCGCGGCAACGCAACGGCCCCCCGCCCCCGCCUGGAGAACUUCUUCCAUCCCGUGCAAAUGGCACAGCUGCCGCGCCGGUGCGGCCUCCGCCCGCUUUCCCUUUCAUGCCGCCACCUGCGUUGCCAGUCCAACCCCCGGCAGGAGUUGCAUCCCCACCGCCGCCACCGCCGCCGAUGCCUCUUUUGGGCGGCUACACAAUGUGCACGCAUCCUCGCUUGCAAGGGUAUUUUCAGCUCUUGGCAUUGCGUGUCCCGGCUGCGGCGAUAAAGGCAAAAAUGCAGACCGACGGCCACCAACCGGAGUGGCUGGACACUCCAGAUGCCGCGGCACCCACCACGAUACCGUGUACGGACAGCACUCUGUACGAUUCUGAUUGA